AUGAAUAUGAUCUUUUGGAAUGUUAGGGGUCUAAACAAAUCCCCUAAGCAACUUUUAGUCAAACAACAUCUUGUACAGUAUCACAUUUCUUUUAUUGCUCUCUUGGAAACAAAGUUGAAGGAUGGAAAAUUAUCUGGCACUGCAAGGAAAAUUGCUGGAACCUGGGAAUGGAUCUCUAAUGUGAAUUAUACUGGAACUGCAAGGAUCUUUCUUCUAUGGGAUCCAAAUGUUUUAGACAUCCAGGUCUCACAAUCCUCUUCUCAACAUAUUACAUGUAUUGUCAAAUCUAAAGAUGGAAGAGUUGAUUGUAUUAUUUCAUCAAUAUAUGGUUUUAACCAUCUGGAAGAUAGGAAGAAUCUAUGGGCUGAAUUAUCCUCACUUCAACAAUCUAUUGGGAAUUCUCCUUGGUUGUUAUGUGGUGAUUUUAAUACUAUGCUCUCAAAUGAAGAAAAGCUUGGAGGGGCUAGUCUCACUGAUACUGAUACUGUUGAUUUUAGUUCUUUUAUUGACGAUUGUCAGCUCUCUCAUUUAAAAACCACAGGAUGCUUCUACACAUGGAACAACAAACAAGACACUACUACCAGGGUUUGGAGUAGAUUGGAUAGGGCAUUGGUCAAUGACUCUUGGAUCCACAUUUAUAACUCUAGUCAUCAGGGUUUGGAGUAG